AUGAAACAGCUCAUCGUCUUUGACUUUGACUGGUCCUUUGUCGAUCAAGAUACCGACAGGUGGGUGUUUGAAGUUCUCUCCACAGAGCUACGUAGGAAGCUGCAAGAGCGCAAGUCAUCGCAAAACACAGGUAUCCAAUGUACACCCGACGUCGUGGACCAGACCAUGUAUGAUCUCUUCAAAGCUGGAUUCACUCGUGAAGAUGUUUCAGGUGCUUUACGGAUACUCCCAUUCCAUCCCGCUAUGAAACGUGCUGUUCUUUCGCUCAAAGAACGCUCACCGGAAACUACCUUCAUCUGUCUUUCCAACUCUAAUGAAAUCUACAUCGGCACUAUACUCGCGAAACAUGGCCUCACCGACCUGUUCGAUGUCAUCAUCACCAACCCAGCUCGCUGGGACGAUCAACACCCAGAUCUCAUACACGUCGGACGUCGUCUUCCUGCCUCCUCUCCGCCACACGGAUGCUCAGUAGGCUGUCUGGCCAACAUGUGUAAAGGGGACGAGUUAGACGCUUAUCUCGCCGCUCACGGAGGUCGGGAUAGUUUUAAAAGAAUAGCAUAUGUGGGUGAUGGCGCAAACGACUUUUGUCCUUUGUUAAGGAUGCGUUCUGGGGAUGUGGCGUACGUUCGCAAGGGUUUUGAAUUGGCGGAGAAGGUCGUACAUGAGAAAACGAGGGAGGAUGGGAAGAAAGCAGGAUUGAAGGUGGAUGUGAAAUUUUGGGAACAAGCUUGGGAGAUUGACGAAUACUUUCAGAAGUUAUGACUGUGGGACUUGGUGACCAAGUCCAGUAUGGUCAGAAGUCGUAGCUCGUCGUCCCUCAAUGACAACGAUCGUGAUACAUGAUUAGAUGAGAUAUUUUGCAUAGUUGCAUUUUC